AUGUCACGUGAUAGCAACUGUAGUGAGGAUGCCCGCGCCGCGGUGCAGCAGCAGGGCAGCAAUAAGGACGGACAGCUCGAGGCGGCGGCAGCGGUGCAGCAGCAGCAGCAGCAGCAGCAGGUGGCGGGCCAGGCGGCGGCGCGCGCGCUCGACCUCCUAAAACGGGUGCACGAGCUGCAGCAGCAGCUGGCGCUGGUCAGCGGCGGGCCCCUGUUGGGCCUGCCAAACGCGGCAGACCUCAUCUGCGACCAGAUGGGCGCCGACCUUGUUGCCCUGUGGGUGGUGAGCAGCGACGACCCCACCUGCUCGGUGCUGCUGGCGACCAGCGGCGACGACGCCGCGGCCGAGCUCGAGCGGCGUGUCACGCACCGCCCCGGCGGCGGGCCUGUAGGGCAGCGCGGCGCGGUGCUGGGCUGCGGGUGCGAUCUGGUGCUCGCCGAUGCCGCGUCCCCCCAGGAGGUCCCCCGCGACGUCGCGGCGCUGAGUCAGCGCUCCGGCCUCCGCAGCUUCGCCCAGGUCCCCAUCGGCCCGCCGUCCGCCCCGCUUGGCUGCCUCUUGAUCGCGAAGGCGGCGCCCGGCGGCUUCGUGGCGGGCGGGGAGUGGGAGGUCUGGGCGCACGCGGCGUCGAUGGGGCUGCUGCAGCAUGUGAGGGACGCGCAGGUUCAGCAAAUCGUCAACCUCCUCCGCGCCAUGCACGGCCACGACAGCCCGACGGCCCUCAUCGGCGUGCUUCUCAGGAAGGCCACCGGGGUGCGCCUGGCGGUGCGCCUCGCGCUGCUGCAAAAGUCGGGCGCCGACGCGCUGCUUUUCGAGCUGCCGCGCGCCGAUUCGCUGACAGGCGCCGCCCCCGGUGCGAGCGCGGGCGCCGGCGGCGGCAGCGUGGGCGGGCGGGUGACCGUCAGCCAGAUCGGCCUCGCGGGGACGCUGCUCGCGUCUGCAAUCGUCGAGCGCAAGGCGCGGUUCGUCAAGGACUGCAGCAGAUACAUGCAGAGCUGCUUCAAGAUGGCCACCGACAUCUUCAGCCGCUCCUCCGACCUCGUCGCCUCCAUCGUGGUGGUCCCGCUGCUGGUGGAGGGCCGCGCCCUGGGCGGCAUGUACUUCGCCCUCGACUCACCCUGCUCAUUCGAGGACAUGCAAGACGCCCUGCUGGGCCUGGUGCAUGCGGUGACAAACACGCUGGCCACGGAACUGGCCGACCGCAUCGACGAGCUCACAACCGAGACGGCGGCGCGGCGCGCUCGUGGCAGCAGCUCAGGGCUCCUGCUGUCCUCGGGCUCCUGCGCCCAGGGCCUGGCGGACGGCGGGGCGCUCAGCAGCGGCUCCCUCUCGUCCGGCUCCGCCGCGGGCCCCAUCCUCCGGCAGCCCUCGAGCAUCGUGUCCGCCAGCGGCGCCAGCCACCGCCUGAACACAGAAGCCAUGCUGCAGGUGCUGCAGCAGGAGGUGCGCAAGAACUGGCGGCGCGGGUCAGAGAUGCGCUACCUGCGGGAGCUGACCCUGGCUGAGUGCAUCGGACAGGGCGGGUUUGGGGCGGUCUACCGCGGCACGUGGCACAAGGCAACUGCCGCCAUCAAGGUCAUGCAGGCCCGCAAGAAUGAGCACGAGGCCAUGAAGGACGCGGUGGAGAUGGCGGUGCUCUCCAGUGUGCAGCACCCCAACAUCGUCACGGUCUACUCCUGCCUCACAGACAUGGUCGAGAUGACAGGCAAGCAUACGUACGUGGAGGCCAGCCUCAGCGGCAGCGGCGCCAUGGACUGCCUGCGGCUGCGCUUCCGGCGUCUGCAGCCCGACGAGGAGACGGACGACAGCGUCGCCACGUGCAACCUCCUCGUCAUGGAGUUCUGCGACCGCGGCACGCUGCGUGAGGCUGUGCGCGCCGGGCGGUUCCACCGCGCCAUCCACGGCGGCGCCAUUGGGGUCGACAUCCUCGCAGCAAUUGAGGUGCUCCUUGACGUGGCUUAUGCCAUGCAGUACCUCCACUCGCUGCAGCUGGUGCACGGGGACAUCAAGAUGGACAAUGUCCUGCUCAAGAGUGACCCCUCGCGGCCCCGAGGUGUGACCUACAAGCUGGCGGACUUUGGCCUGACUAAGAUCCUAAAUGAGUCUGAGUCAGCCAUCAACCUGGAUGGAGCCGGCACCGUCACCCACCUUGCGCCAGAGAUGUUUGAGGCCGGCUCCAGGGUGACCCGCGCCGUGGAUGCCUACGCUUUCGGCAUAUUCAUGUACGAGCUCUAUGCCAGGAGGGCCGCUCACUAUGGCCUGCAGCAUCCCAUGAUCAUCGAUCGCGUCGUGAACCACGGCGCGCGCCCGGCCUUCCCCGCCGGCUCGCCACGCGCGUACGCGGCUCUGGCGGAGGAGUGCUGGCGGGCCGAGCCGGCGGCCCGGCCGACGUUUGCCCAGAUUGCUGAGCGGCUCGAGGCACUGGCCGCGGCGAUCGCCGCACCCGCCGCGGCGCCCGCACCCACACUUGCGGCAACCGCGGCCGCCCUUGGGGUGGCGACGAUGGCCGCUGCGCCGAGGGCGUAG